AUGGGCUCAAAUUCCUCAAAGACCCGUCGGAAGGUGACUAAAGUAGCCCCCAUGCCCAUGAAAGAGGACUGGCCACAGGUCCCGGGCAGGGUGGCCAUUUACACAUUCCAGAGCCCUCAGAGGGAGACAAGUCUAAACACAUUUGCCUCCUGGACGGAAAGGAAUCCGGCAUCAGACAGGCACCUUCCGCCCCUGAGAGAAAUGGGACAAGGGGCAUAUCCAACAGGUAAUUCUUCGUUCCUUUUUAGGGUUCAAUAAAAAGGACAGAAGUGUCAUUUUUAUUGUGCCUUCCUGAUGAUGAUGAGUGAUAUCAUUUCUUGUUAUUGUUGUUGUUUAGUCGUUUAGUCAUGUCCGACUCUUCGUGACCCCAUGGACCAGAGCACGCCAGGCACUCCUGUCUUCCACUGCCUCCCGCAGUUUGGUCAGACUCAUGUUUGUAGCUUCGAGAACACUGUCCCACCAUCUCUGUCGUCCCCUUCUGCUUGUGCCCUCCAUCUUUCCCAACAUCAGGGUCUUUUCCAGGGAGUCUUCUCUUCUCAUGAGGUGGCCAAAGUCUUAGAGCCUCAGCUUCAUGAUCUGUCCUUCCAGUGAGCACUCAGGGUUGAUUUCCUUCAGAAUGGAUAGGUUUUACCUUUUUGCAGUCCAUGGGACUCUCAAGAGUCUCCUCCAGCACCAGAAUUCAAAAGCAUAACCUCCAAUAUUUCUCUGAUGAGAAUAGGGACAUCCCAUUCCAUAAUGAUAAUUUUACUGUUUAUAUAUCCCACACAUCUGACUGGGUUCCCCCAGCCAGUCUGCACAGCUUCCAACAUAUAUAUAAAACACAAUAAAACAUUAAACAUUUUUUAAAAAACCUUCCCUAUUCAGGAUUGUCUUCAGAUGGCUCGGGGGUAGGAUAACUCCAUCCCCUCCAACAUUUCUCCAAUGGAAAUAGCGGCCACCUAAGGAAAAAGGGGGCAUUCUGGGAUCAAAUCAGAAAUCGGGGCGGCUUCUCUAAAUCAGGGAUGUCCCUGGAAAAUAGGGACACUUGGAGGGUCUGGAAUAUUUUUUCCAGAAAAAGAGGCACCAGAACUCACCAUGAACACCUCUUUCUUAGCAUGGCGAUAGUGGCCACCUGGGAGGUGCCAGAACUGAGUUCUGGCUGAAGACGAGUCCUGAUGGCGAUGGUUGUUAUUUAUUCCUUUCACCAGACCUGGGCUCAAGGCGGGUUAUGCAAAUUAAAGCAACAUGGAUAAAGCACAAAAAGCCAAGAACAUACAAAGGGUAAUCAUUAAAUGGUUUAAAAUCGAAAUUAGAACGAUUUUCUAAAAGCCAGACCUGUUAAAAUAUAGGUGAUCCAGGCAGGUACAUCCCCUUCAUGGGAGAUAUUUUAUCACCUAGUCAACAGAUAUGGGGCAGGGUUGUCUGAAUACCGCAGGUGUGAACAUGAGAACGUCAGAAUAGAGACCUGAGACUGGAUCAGGCCAAUGGCCCAUCUCGUCCAGCAUCCUGCUCUCACAGCCACCGGUGAGAUGCUUAAAUGGGAAACCUGAAAGCAGGAUUCGGGCACAAGAACCCUCUCCCCUUCUGCGGUUUCCAGCAGCUGAUAUUCAGAAACAUUGCACCAAUAGCCCUCUCCAUGGAUUAUUUGCCUAAUCCUCUUUCAAAGCCAUCCAAGUUUGUGGUCAUCACUGCCUCCUGUGGCAAUGAGUUCCACAGUUUCACUACACGAAGAGGUACUUUAUUUUCUCUGUCCUGAAUCUUCCAAUGCUUAACUAUUGACACAAUACAGGUACCUGUUCUCUACUCUUCUUGGUGCCUGCUAGUAACAUUGUUGUUGUAGUUGUUGUUUAGACUAGCCUAGCCAGAUGAAUUUUUUAGUUUAUUACUGGGUUGUUGGGUUUUUUGAACUCUUUUUACUAAUAAUCAGCCCCCGAAAACCUGUUGAAAUGGAACAGUCUCCACCUGCCAGCAGGAGGACAGCAAGGAGCGAGCCGGUCCAAAUUCUGGGGGCAGCCACCAAGAAGGCCCUCUCCUGCAUCCCCACCAAAUAUCCCUGUGAGGGUGAUGGGACCAAGAGAGGGGCCUUCCCCGAAGAUCUCAGACCUGGGGGGGGGGGGGGGCUCAUGAGUUGCACUCAUGGUGGUAUCAGGGCGGUUAUACACAACCCCACCCCUUUCAAUAGUGUUUGUGCCUGCAAAAGUUUUGGGGCAGAGCAAUCUGUGGAACGCCCUCCCACCAGAUGUCAAAGAGAACAACUACUACCAGACUUUUAGAAGACAUCUGAAGGCAGCCCUGUUUAGGGAAGCUUUUAAUGUUUGAUGUAUUACUGUAUUUUAAUAUUUGGUUGGAAGCCCCCCAGAGUGGCUGGGGAAGCCCAGACAGAUGGGUGGGGUAUAAAUAAUAAAUUAUUAUUAUUAUUAUUAUUAUUAUUAUUAUUAUUAUUAUUAUUCCCAGAUGGGCCUUGGAAUGAGGAUGGUGGAUUUAACAGGCUUCUGGUAUGAUCUUAUGCAGGGCCGUCUUAAGCACAUCCGACGCCGUGGUGCAAAGAUCCCUCCAGCGCCCCCCUUUCCCAGGGCUGGAGGAGGCGGGCAGCGGCUGGAGGGUGGCUCCUCCGGUGGGGCUCCUCUCCCAGCUCAGCUGGCUGCUUCGUGCCGCAGUGGCCACGGCAGGCAGCACACCGAGCCAGCAGGCCUGUUCUGAGCAAACAAGGGUGUGUGCGCCGCUCCCACUGAGCGCCGGCUGGGUUUUUUCCCUUUUAGCCUCCUGGCGCCCCGUUCCGUGUUCCCCGGACUCUCGCCUGGCACCCUCCAGAACUUGGCACCCUGGCGCCCAGCGCCAUUAGCCUCUGUGUGUAAGACGGGCCUGAUGUUAUGCAUUUCCAUGAAAAGGUUUGUUUCCAGGAAUUCAUGUCCCCGAAAACAAGGACGCGAGCCUUUCUUUGAGAAAUAAUAAUAAUCUUGCGUGGGGAAUCAUGGAUGUCUCUCUCCUCGACACCCCCCCCCCCCGGAUGAUCUCAUGGUCGAGGCUGCCUUGCGCACGUGAAAGGGAAUGUUACCCCCCCCCCCCGGAAGAAGACGUGGCGGUGAAUACAAAUGAGUCCUGGGCAUUUGGCAAACGACCCAGAGCGCUUUAUGACAGCAAGUGCGCUCACAUAAAAACACCUGGCAGAAAGGUAUAAGGAAGCAGAUUCUGUUGGGUAUUAUGAAAAUGUUGUUUCCUCCUCUCUUUUUUGCACAAACGUUUUAACCGUGCUCAUUAUGCCAUAGUAGCAAAUCUGUGAAGCUGCUGGGGGGCCUCUCCUGUGCUUUUCCUCCAUCCCCUCAGUUAAAAAGAAAAAGGAAAGUGAGAUGGAUCUGUGUGAGAGAAAGAGAGCUCUGUUCUGCACGCAAGGGGAUCUGCAUCUUCUAGAGCUAAUUGACUGUUUGGGGUUGCCAGUUUCCCCAGAAAGCACCCUCCCUCUCCAAGUUCUAAUUUCUGGGCAUUAUGAAUAAUUUGCAAAUUAGACGCCGUCCUUAUUAAGUCGUGCGAAGAUCCUGCAGGUGGCAUAAAAUGAAGCAAAAAACCAAAAAAACCAAGCCAAUUUAAUAAGCAAAGACAAACUGCCAAGAGGGUCAGUACGAUGGUGGUGGUGGAUCAUAGAACUGUAGAGAUGGAAGGGACCCAGGGGUCAUCUAGUCCAACCCCCUGCAAUUCAGGAGGCACGGCCUCCCAUGUCCUCUUCCCCAUGCUUUUCAACAUCUAUAUGAAGCCGCUGGGAGAGAUCAUCAGGGAGUUUGGGCUGGGUGUUCAUCAAUAUGCGGAUGAUACCCAGCUCUACCUCUCUUUCAAAUCAGAACCAGUGAAGGUGGUGAAGGUCCUGUGGGAGUGUCUGGAGGCGGUUGGAGGAUGGAUGGCGGCUAACAGAUUGAGGUUGAAUCCUGACAAGACAGAAGUUCUGUUUUGGGGGGACAGGAGGCGGGCAGGUGUGGGGGAUUCCCUGGUCCUGAAUGCGGUAACUGUGCCCCUGAAGGGCCAGGUGCGCAGCCUCAGAGUCAUUUUGGACUCACAGCUGUCCAUGGAGGCGCAGGUCAAUUCUGUGUCCAGGGCAGCUGUUUACCAGCUCCCUCUGGUACGCAGGCUGAGACCCUACCUGCCCGCGGACUGUCUUGCCAGAGUGGUGCAUGCUCUGGUUAUCUCUCGCUUGGACUACUGCAAUGCACUCUAUGUGGGGCUACCUUUGAAGGUGACCCGGAAACUACAACUAAUCCAGAAUGCGGCAGCUAGACUGGUGACUGGGAGCAGCCGCCGAGACCACAUAACACCGGUCUUGAAAGAUCAGCAUUGGCUCUCAGUACGUUUCCAAGCACAAUUCAAAGUGUUGGUGCUGACCUUUAAAGCCCUUAAACGGCUUCGGUCCAGUAUAUCUGAAGGAGCGUCUCCACCUCUAUAGUUUUGCCCGGACACUGAGGUCCGCGCCGAGGGCCUUCUGGAGGUUCCCUCACUGCGAGAAGCCAAGUUACAGGGAACCAGGCAGAGGGCCUUCUCGGUAGUGGCACCCGCCCUGUGGAACACCCUCCCACCAGAUGUCAAAGAGAACAACUAUCUGACUUUUAGAAGGCAUCUGAAGGCAACCCUGUUUAGGGAAGCUUUUAAUGUUUAACAGACCACUGUAUUUUAAUACUUUGUUGGAAGCCACCCAGGGUGGCUGGGGAAACCCAGCCAGAUGGGCGGGGUAUAAAUAAUAAAUUAUUAUUAUUGUUAUUGUUAUUGUUGUUAUUAUUGUUAUUAUUAUUAUUUAUUAUUUUAAAAAUUGUUGUAAAAAUUAUAUGUUGAUGCAAACACAGGAUGCCUUUAGCUUCUGCAGUGAAAUGUUGGAGGAUAUUGAGUAAGUUGGGUUCCUCAGCCCUCACUUCAGGAAAAAAACAUGUUAAAAAUAUUAUUAUUUAUUUAUUCAAAAGCCUUUCGCAGAAACUCCUGUGAUAAAGAUGCUCCUCUUUCCUCCCUCUUUCUAAGUGCCAAGGUCUGUUCCGCUAGACCUGAAGAUGGAAGCGGGAGGACAAAGCAUCAUCAAGCAGCACCCUCCCCGAAGACCCCAGGUAAGAGGGGGCAGAGCAGGCCAGUGACGUCGGGGGCGGGUGCCAGGAACAGGUCAGCAAUAACUCACACGGCGCCUGUGACAUUAACUAUUUAUUCAAAGAAUAAAGCUUGGGAGGCCAGGCCUACGAAGCACAGCAACUCAUCCCGGUAGAUCUUGCCCCUAUGAGGCAGUUGUGGGGCCUUCCCACAGUAUACCUGAAGGAGAGUCUCCACCCCCAUCAUUCGGCCCGGACACUGAGGUCUAGCGCCGAGGCCUUCUGGCAGUUCCCUCACUGCGAGAAGCCAAGUUACAGGGAACCAGACAGAGGGCCUUCUCAGUAGUGGCACCCGCCCUGUGGAAUGCCCUCCCAUCAAAUGUCAAGGAAAUACAGUCAUACCUCGGGUUACAGACGCUUCAGGUUGCGUUUUUUCGGGUUGCGGACCGCCAAAACCCAGAAGUACUGGAACGGGUUACUUCCAGGUUUCGGCGGUCGCGCAUGUGCAGAAGCGCUAAAUUGCGCUUUGUGCAUGCACAGAAGCACCGAAUUGCAACCCGCACGUGUGCAGACGUGGGUUGCGAACGCUGCGGGUUGCGAAUGUGCAUUCCGCACGGAUCACAUUCGCAGCCCGAACGUCCACUGGAAACAACCAUCUGACUUUUAGAAGACAUCUGUAGGCAGCCCUGUUUAGGGAAGGUUUUAAUGACUGAUGUUUUAAUGUAUUUUUAACCUUUGUCGGAAGCCGCCCAGAGUGGCUGGGGAAACCCAGUGAGAUGGGUGGGGUAUAAGUAGUAAAUCAUCAUCAUCAUCAUCUAAGUCUCCUCCUCUCCUGGGUCCUUCCCAAGCAAUCUAAGACUUGGUUGAGGCAUCUAUCUCUGCUCCUGCCCUCUUCAUACCUCUUCUGGUCCUGGGAGCCCAGGGGAGAAAGGAGCUGGUUGCAGCAGGAGAGGGAGACCCCCUGACUUCUUCAGCAGCCUGCCUCAUCUCUGUCUCCUGGCCCCUCUCUUCUCCUGCUGUCAGGCUUCAGGGAAUCAUAUCCCUCCCACUGUGGCAGCCAAGAAGCAGAGAAACGAUAAAAGUUCUUACCAAGCAAUUUAUUCAAUGAUUCACAGAGAGCGGUGAAGGAAUGCAACCUUCCCUAAUAAUGCCAUUGCUGUAAGUAAAGUCCAAGCCCCCUACGUCUUCCCUAUUCUACGUCACUCCUACAUCAACUAAUCUGAGCUUUCUGCCUCUGAGCUCUCUGUUCUACUACCUUCAAUACAUGUCUGGACUUGGCCGAGGGGGUCAGGAAUGUUUUCCAAGGACACUGAGUAUACGUGAAGGAGCGUCUCCACCCCCAUUGUUCAGCUCCCAGUACAUUUCCGAGCACAAUUCAAAUUGUUGGUGCUGACCUUGAAAGCCCUAAACAGCCUCAAAGGUCCAGUAUACCUGAAGGAGCGUCUCCACCCCCAUCGUUCUGCCUGGACACUGAAGUCCAGCUCCGAGGGCCUUCUGCUGCUACCCUCACUGUGAGAAUCAAAAUUACAGGGAACCAGGCUGAGGGCCUUCUCAGUGGUGGCGCCCGCCCUGUGGAACCCCCUCCCAUCAGAUGUCAAAGAAAUUAACAACCAUCUAAUGUUUAGAAGACACCUGAAGGCAGCCCUGUUUAGGGAAGUUUUUAAUGACUGAUGUUUUAAUGUAUUUUUAAUCUUUUUUGGAAGCUGCCCAGAGUGGCUGGGGAAAUCCAGCCAGAUGGGUGGGGUAUAAGUAAUAAAUGAUGAUGAUGAUGGUGUCUGUCAGCUGUCUCUCCCCUGGUGCUUCUUAUUCUUCUUGCUGUUCCUCUUCCAAUAUUUCCCAGCUUCUGCCCUCUGCAACCUCUGAACUAUGCCCUUCUGCAAACCACUGUUCUAAAUCUAUAAUGUCCUCCUGUUCUCAGGAAGGUUCAGAAAAAUCGGGGCAGUCCCCACCAUUCCUCCUCAGUCCAGCCCCUGACACCUGCCUCUGCGUCUGGACUGCUCUCUGCCACAGACUCAUCCUGCUCACUAAAUCCUGUUACCCCUUCAGCUGCUGACUCCUCCUCUUUCCAGUCUUCUCCCUCUGACCACUCAUUGCCAUCCCAUCACCACUCCCCAGGCUCUGAGCCUUCUUCCCUUGGGGGUUCCCCAGCAGGUCCCCCCCCCCAGCAUCCAGCCAGUCCAUGACUAGUGAAGAGGGAUGGAACUGGCUGAACGUGGCCCAAGGCUCUCGGCUUGGGAUGUUAGAAGGCAUCAUUCUCCUUUCUACCCUGUAUCUGUCAAGCGCCCCACCGUUUCCAUUCUGCUGCAGUUCACCUUCCGCCAAACCCCACUCAAUUCAUCUCGCUUCCCACUGUGGCGAAUUCACAUAACUUGUGCAAUAUUGUUGUUGUUGUUGUUUAGUUGUUUAGUCGUGUCCGACUCUUUGUGACCCCGUGGACCAGAGCACGCCAGGCACUCCUGUCUUCCACUGCCUCCCGCAGUUUGGUCAAACUCAUGCUGGUAGCUUCGAGAACACUGUCCAACCAUCUCGUCCUCUGUCAUCCCCUUCUCCUUGUGCCCUCAAUCUUUCCCAGCAUCAGGGUCUUUUCCAGGGAGUCUUCUCUUCUCAUGAGGUGGCCAAAGUCUUGGAGCCUCAGCUUCACGAUCUGUCCUUCCAGUGAGCACUCAGGGCUGAUUUCCUUCAGAAUGGAUAGGUUUGAUCUUCUUGCCAUCCAUGGGACUCUCAAGAGUCUCCUCCAGCACCAUAAUUCAAAAGCAUCAAUUCUUCGGCGAUCAGCCUUCUUUAUGGUUCAGCUCUCACUUCCAUACAUCACUACUGGGAAAACCAUAGUUUUAUAUGUCUAUUAAUUAGAAGCCGCUGAUGGGCUUCUCCUAGAUGAAUUUGCCGAAUCCUCUUUCAAAGCCUAGAAGGAAAUGUGACUCUCAUGCUUUCAAGUUCCCCAGUAUGCUAUCCGGUUUAGCACUCGCACUGAAGUUAAUUUGGUGACAUGGUUAGCACAGCAGCUAACGGGAAGCUUUCGUGAUGACAGGUCCCCCGAAGGCAAUAAUUGCACCAUCGGUCCCUUAAAACGGCCGCUGCACAGUUGAGAUUGAAAUUCACAGGCCCGCGUCUCAAAGCCAAAUCGAAUGAUGCUGUAGCCCGAGGGAAUCUUCUCCCCGGAGAGAUUCCCGUUACCGUUCUUUGACUUGACAAGAUCCCUUUGAAGGGCUGCGUCUCUUUCGCUCCUUUGCCUUUUCUUCCAGGCAGUGUGGCGCUCGUCCCUUUUCAUGUGAGAUCCCACCAGAUGCUUUUAGCUGGCUUGCUGAUUCCUUUUGCUCGGCCUACUUCCUCGGGCUUUGAAAGUCUCGGCAGUGAGAAGGCUGAAAGAAGACCCCAAAAGGUGUUUCCAGGAGGACUUCUGGCCCUGAAUCCCAUGCAAAUUCCCCACAGCUGUGUGUGAGGAUCUCUGAUGCAGUCUGGAGCAGAAUCGGAAGCCCUUCUUAUUCACACACACUGAUCAAGCAGCUAGAAAGUUAUAUCAUCAUCAGCACCAUCCAUUUUAAAUGCCACCCAUCUGACUGGGUUGGCCAGCCACUCUGGGUGGCUGCCACAAAUAACAGUAAAAGCACAUGGAUAAAUGUUUGAGACCCUAGUGUUACAAACCAAUUGGCCAAAGCAAAUCCAAAGUAGGUGUUUUUUUUCAGCUGGGAAAGUUACAAAGGAAAUGAGUGUGGGAUUGUCCAGAGCUCCUCCCUGCAGAGGGUUCACUCUGUACAGUGGUACCUUGGGUUAAGUACUUAAUUCGUUCCGGGGGUCCAUUCUUAACCUGAAACUGUUCUUAACCUGAAGCACCACUUUAGCUAAUGGGGCCUCCUGCUGCUGCCGCGCCGCUGGAGCCCGAUUUCUGUUCUCAUCCAGAAGCAAAGUUCUUAACCUGAGGUAAUAUUUCUGGGUUAGCGGAGUCUGUAACCUGAAGCGUUUGUAACCUGAAGCGUAUGUAACCCGAGGUACCACUGUAUUGUAAUGGAUCACAUUUACAGCUCCGGAAAUCACUUCUGCACAGGUGCGGUUUUCGGUGUCUGGGCAUGCGCAGAAGCGAUUUCUGGCGCCAUGGGCAUGCGCAGACACAAUUUCCGGUGUCGCGCUGCACCGGCCCGGCCCACGGAGGAUUUCCGCGGGAGUGAUCCGGCCCAUGCCCGGUAAGCCUUGCCAACCUCUGGUCUAGCCCUUUUAUGUUUUUGAGUAUGCCUAAAAAGAAGGGUUGCAGCUGAGCGGCAGAAAACCUGCUUUGCAUGCAGGAGGUGCUGGGUUCAAUUCCUGCCAUCUCCAGGUAGGGCUGGGAGAGAUCCUUGCCUGGAACCCCGGAGUGCCACUGCCCGUCAGUGCAGUGCAGCUUCCUAUGUUCUUAUGUGUACGGAAAAGUUAUGAUUUGUGAAGAGCGUUCCAGCUGAACUGAGCAGCUGGCAGAUUUUCCUCCCUGGGUUCCUGGGCAAAAUGGUUUGAAGAAGAGUUAGCUUUGCAGUGUUAGGUGCUGCCACCUAGUGUCCAUACUCGGAAGGCAAUUUCUGCAGAAGAACAGAUGGGGCUCGUCCAACUAGGAAGGAAAACUCCUAAACCUCCGCGGACUUGCAAGGUACCGUAUUUUUCGCUCCAUAGGAUGCACCUAGUUUUUACAGGAGGAAAACAAGAAAAAAAAAUAUUCUGAACCAAACAGUGGAUGUAUUAUUUUUGUGGUUCAUGCUGUGGCCACAGACAUGUGAUCUGAUGGUGAAUUUAGCAGAGACAUCACCUUGCCAACAAAGUUCCGUAUAGUUAAAGCUAUGGUUUUCCCAGUAAUGAUGUAUGGAAGCGAGAGCUGGACCAUAAAGAAGGCUGAUUGCCAAAGAAUGGAUGCUUUUGCAUUAUGGUGCUGGAGGAGACUCUUGAGAGUCCCAUGGACUGCAAGAAGAUCAAACCAAUCCAUUCUGAAGGAAAUCAGCCCUGAGUGCUCACUGGAAGGACCGAUCCUGAAGCUGAGGCUCCAAGACUUGGCCACCUCAUGAGAAGAGAAGACUCCCUGGAAAAGACCCUGAUGUUGGGAAAGAUGGAGAGCACAAGGAGAAGGGGAUGACAGAGGAUGAGAUGGUGGGACAGUGUUCUCGAAGCUACUAAACUGCGGGAGGCAGCGGAAGACAGGAGUGCCUGGCGUGCUCUGGCCCAUGGGGUCAUGAAGAGUCGGACACGACUAAAUAACAACAACAACAAAUGCAAAAAUCCUGAGAAUCCAUGUGGCCCUGUGCUUUGUAACCACGUUUCUGCGCCAUUGCGGCCCCACACAACAGUGGGUGCGUGAUUUUUUUGGUGCAGGCUGUAGCCGUGGACAUGCUAUGUGAUCUGAUGGUGAACUUGGGAUGACUUUGGGGUGACCCAAUGUAAAAUUCCUGAGGAUCCACGGGCUUUUACCUCCCCCCUUCCAGGCAGCCUCCGCUAGCAUCCCUUAUCUCUCUUCUGAUCCCACUGAUUAGCUGUUUCUUUUCAACACUGUAUACAAAUAUUGAAAAGCACUCCUCUCCUGAAAGAUGCCUGCUCUGGCAGGCGCCCGAGGUCUCAGGAGCUCAGAAGGGCUCCAGAAAGGUCUUGCUGCCUCUCAGCACCCUCCUUUCUGGGUCCCGUCCCCCGGCCACCUCAGAGCCAUUUCAGGGCUGGGCUUUUCUGAAGAGGCAUCUGAGAGUAGAAUUUGCAAAGUUUGGGAGACAAUGACAGCUGACAGGGUCCUGCUUCUCUUCAACAUACAGAACCAACGCACAAAACAACACUGAUUAAGAAACGAGUUCUAGUUGUCCUGUUUAUUAUACAUACAUACAUACAUACAUACAUACAUACAUACCCCACCUAUCUGGCUGGCUUCCAACAAAAAAUUAAAAAUACAUGAAAUACAUUAUAACAUCAGUCAUUAAAAACUUCCCUAAACGGGGCUGCCUUCAGAUGUCUUCUAAAAGUCAGGGAGUUGUUUAUUUCGUUCACAUCUGAUGGGAGGGCGUUCCACAGGGCGGGCGCCACCACCGAGAAGGCCCUCUGUCUUGUUCCCUGUAACCUCACCUGGAGGGAACCACCAGAAGGCCCUUGGCGCUGGACCUCAGUGUCAGGGCAGGGCAAUGGGGGUGGAGAUGCUCCUUCAGGUAUAGUGGGCUGAGGCCAUUUAGGGCUUUAAAGGUCAGCCCUAAACUUUGAAUUGUGCUCGGAAAUGUACUGGGAGCCAAUGCUUCAGCAGUACAUAUACUAAAAUUUGAACGAUACAGAGAAGAUUAGCAUGGCUCCUAGUAAGGGAGCCAGUGUGGUGUAGUGAUUAAGAGCGGUAGUCUUGUAAUCUGGUGAACCGGGUUCACUUCCCCACUCCUCCACAUGCAGCUGCUGGGUGACCUUGGGCUAGUCACACUUCUCUGAAGUCUCUCAGCCUCACUCACCUCACAGAGUGUUUGUUGUGGGGGAGGAAGGGAAAGGAGAUUGUUAGCUGCUUUGAGACUCCUUCGGGUAGUGAUAAAUCGGAAUAUCAAAUCCAAACUCUUCUUCUUCUUUCAAGACCAGUGUCAUGUGGUCUCAGCGGCCGCUAUUUCAUUUAUAUACUGAUUAGUUGCAAACAAAACAAAAACCCUCAAAUAUCUCAAAGCAAAACAGUUCAGCUCUCUCUUCUUGGCUUUGCAGAAGUUGGAGCCUUUCAUUCUCGCAAAGGACAUCCCUGCAGACCAGUUCUUAAGCCUGCCGUGUGGAGGAGCAACAUACAAAGCAAAGGUUGGUAGAAGUUCAUGAAGGAAGGAAGGAUGGAGGGAAACAUUUAUGCCGUAAGUACAGGGUAAUCUUAGUGUCCAACCACAUGCUGCAGUUAGCAGUUUUUAAGGAGGUGCGGUUAACAUUCUGGCCAUGGAAGUAUCGUAUCAAGCACAUGCACUGCUCUGCUUGGGCAAAAACUCCCAUCAUCCCUGACCAUUGGCCAUGCUGGCCAGGGGUGCUGGGAGUCUAGCAACACCUGGAAGGCUAGAUGUCCCUUUUCCAGAUAGAUCAGGGUUUUCCAAACUUGGGUCUCCAGCUGUUUUGGGACUACAGCUCCCAUCAUCCCUAGCUAGCAGGACCAGUGGUCAGGGAUGAUGGGGAUUGUAGUCCAAAAACAGCUGGAGACCCAAGUUUGGGAAACCCUGAGACAGAGAAUGGUCUGCCCAUCCAAUAGGGCUGUUUAAUUUCCAUGCCCCCUUCUUGAGGAGGGGAUUAAACUAUCCUAAUUUAGGCUAAUGCUUCGAUCUUUUUCAGUUUAAUAAUCCUCAACACAUACUUCCUCCAGACACAUAAUAUGUAGAACUUUAGCAUGGGAAUCUGCUUCCUAUGUCCCAUGGUUGCAAAUACUCACUACUUGAACCAGGUUUUGCUUCAGCAAACCAAUUCCUAUGCCCAUAGCUUGUCCAUUCCCAGGAAGAACUAUGCUUAUACUCACACUAGGGAUGAAUGGAGAUUUUUUUGCAUUUUAAAGCAAAUUGGCCCCGUUUGCACCUCCUGGCCCUAAGUCACAGACUGGAACAUAACGAGCCUUUGGUUUUUACAUUUCUCUGAAUUUUGCAAUAUAUUUCUCACCCCCAAAUACAUUUAAAAAGUGUGCAUUUUAGGAUAAAAUACAUUUAGGAAUGAAUGUAUUUGGAGAUUAUAUGCAUGUAUUUAAGUAAAUACACAUGUAAGUAUGAAUUUAAAUAAGAAUUUACUUGUGGGCUUUUUUUUUUACAAAAAGAAAGAUAAAAACCCACAGAUUAAUGCAGAAACCGGAUGGAUCAGAUUUAUGAAUGUACGCAUGCAAACCUGCAACAGACCAGAAACAGAGUGAUCCAUCAUCCUUAUAUCACCGCCUAAGAAUCUUUGAUUUUAGAGAGCAUAAGAAUAGAACACCAGUCGGGCGUGUUUUUUGCGUCAGCUACAAAUACCCUUGUUCACCUUGCCCAACGAGUGAUGGAUAGGAUUGUGAUGGAAUCAUGAGUUUGUUUUGCAAAAUAUGGGUCUCCUCCCCCCUCCUUUUCCCUUGGAAGGAGCAAGAUAAAGGAGGGAAAACUGUUCUGUACCCCGCUGGAAGACGGCAGUAUCUACUGAAGAUGAAGAUGCUGGAACAAAAGAAAGAGGUAAUGGCCAUGGGAUGCCCUUGGUGGAUUCAAGAGGGAAACGGGGAUAAUUAAGCAAAAUGAUGGAACUUCCGUUUUGUGCAUUAGAGAACACCACUGCAGGAGGGACUAUGAUAAGAGAUGGUAUCAUUCUGAAUGGAUUCACUGCCAUAACCAUAGGCUUGCGGCAUUCAGUUGUUUAUCAAUUCCAUUAAUUGUAGAGAAGUCAAUCCAAUUAAACAGAUUUUAAUUGAUUCGUUUUAUUUGACCGAUUUAAGGUUUUUUUUUAUAGUGCGACUGUAUACAGGUCCAAAUCAGAAGUGGAUUUGGUGGGAUUUACUCCCAGGUAACCUCCAUAGGAUUUCAUCCGUAGGGCCAGAUCCAGCUACAUAGUUGUGCUAGUGGCAGCCAAUGCAACAACGUGUGCGAGUGUAAUGGAGCUGUCUCCUCUCUCCUUCCCACACUGCACCCCACCCCCGCAAAUUGGCUCCAGGAAGUUGAGAUAACACCCAGAAUAGCACACAGGGGGAAGGAGAGGUGUGAUCGUUUCACCAGGUAAGCAGAAAUCUUUGUGCCAGUGCAGCACUACUUUGAAUUCCACCCAAAGUCAAAUAAUCUACCAAUUAAAUGCACACAUGGGUUAAAACAGCAUUGCAAUCUGUUUUUAAUUGUGACCUGUGCUUGUUGCAACUUGCCCCGAGACCUUAGGGUGAAGGGAAUAAAAUCAAAAUGAUAAUAAUUAUUCUUAUUCUUUCUGAAGCAGGAAGUCUAUUUUCUUUUCAAAACUGCAAUAAUGCUUGCAGUUCAAACACUGCGCCACCCUUUAGUUAGAGCGAGCGACCUGCUGCAUUCUUUGGAGCGUGUCUUUGAUGCAAAAACGAAGGUCAAAUUUAUUCCUCCUGAAUUGGCGCAGCAUCCCUCAAAGGUUCAUGGGAACUGUAGUUUGGGGAGGAUUCCGAUCGCAACCCUCCGGCAGCUGCACUACAGCUCCCAGGUUCCCCUGGGGAGAGUGAAAGACUGCUAGACCUGUUUAAGGCCCUUCUGUGCAUAUAACUAGCUAUUUAUUAACCCAGGCAGAACUGAAGAGAUGCUUGCAGCAGGAGGCAAGACUUAACAAGCCAAAAGCGAGGGACCUCAGCAUCAGCGAAACUCUUGGGUGUGUGCCGGGAAAUAAUAGCUCCGAAGAUGAGGAGCUUCUUGCGCUUGAGCGUGACCAGACAUUUGACGGAGACCACGGUAAGUGAUACUGGGGAGCUGAGCAGGUUUUCCGGUUUAAGCAACCUGCUGUGGUUCACACUGCUGCAACUGCCAUAUAAUUAAGACACCACUUCCCGCAACCCAAGCGUCCACUGUAGUUUAGUGUAACAAUUUGUCAAAGAAGCACGCUCCAGAUCCUUCCAAUAGCUUGUUACUAUGAGCCUGGCCGCUAGUCAAAGAGAACUCCCUAAGAGAUUUGAACUGUUAAGUUAGCAUCACCUCCCACGAAAAGACUGAGCAGUGCCAGCUCUGGACAUGUAAGGACGUUUCGUCCGGUAAUUGCAUUUACAUCCACAAAUACUUCCGGAAGUGAGACACUUUCUCAUGUUUCUGCCGCAUAUGCUGAUCAGACAGCAAGUCCCAGUGCUGCAAGAUAUAUCAGCAUUCAGGUCAAAUGGCCACAAGUCACCAAGUGCCAUUUUGUGACUUUCCUGAUUGUCAUCGGGCGACAAGGCAGAAGGUGGGAAAAUAUUUUCCACUCCGAUGUCAGAAGUCCAGUCCCCGGCUUGAUAACACAGUAAGCGUAGUUAAUUAAAAAGGAUGAUUUAUUGUCAAAUCAAACAGAUAGCUCCGGACGACUUAACACGGCUGCCGCCAUCAUCAGUCAAGAUGACCCUUCUGAAGACUGCCUCCCACAUGGCCAGAAGCAACUGAACUUUUGCUUCUUAUGUCUUGUGUUUUACUUCCUAUCUUGCAACCCUCCCAUUCACCGAGACCUCGGACCUCAGCUCCCGCCUCUUCCCCAUUCUCUGAGAGGCUGUCUCAUAACUCUUUCCUGCCUGUUUGUGCUUCUGGUGAGCUUUGACUGUGUUCUAGCCUGUUCUCCGUUACUGUCUUAUCAGCUUGUAUGUCAAGGUCAGGAUGAGCCAGAGUAUGCAGCUUUCCUCUGUCUGACUAACAUCAAAGCAACCUCUCUGAUCCUGGCUAUUUUCUGCAGUUAGCUGCAAACUUUUGCUUGGCGCUGGCUCAUUCCUGACACCCGAGGACCACAUUUGUUUCUGGGCAUCCUUCUCAGGGUCAUGCACCAGGGGUGGGUGGGGCCAGAGGCAAAAGGGGGCAGAUCAAUGGAUGCAAAUUUGUACUGAAGGCUAGUUUCUGCCCACACAUCCAAACACCCCUGCUCUGGCUUCCACUGAGGCAAGGAAGAGGCAUUCCCAGAGUUCCAGGAAACAUUCCAAGCAAGCAAACACAUUUCAGGUACAAAACAGCACCAGUGGGGCCUGGGGGCAGUUCCAAGGGCCUGGUAGAGCCCUGGAGGGCCGCACUGAGCCCCCAGUCUUGGGAUUCCCCACUCUUCCUCUAGGCAAAACUACUGCAAUUGAUGGGCCACUCCAAGGUAGCCAAACCCAUUACAGUGUUGUUAUGAAGCUUCCUGUGGCGACCAGAUACCCAAUGCAGUAGAGCUUCCUGUUUCUUUUUAUUAGGCGAACGGUGGAGCGGAGAAUUUCCAAAAGAGCUUGGACCUUCUGAACCCCACCAAGGACAGAGGGGUAAAGUGGAGGCAUGGUUGCUAAAGCAGCAGGCAAGAAGGGAAUCUUUCUGGGAUGCAUCAAGCACAGACUCCGAGAACUGGGAAGGCGACUUGGGGAAACCUCGCCGGAGACCAGCCUUAGUGAGGACUAAGACGGAGAGGAUUGCUCUGUUCGACGAGUUUUUUGAUAGAGAGUUCUGA